CUGUGGUCCGGAGCCGGAACAGCAGCAUGUGACAGAGCACAUGACUUCCGUGAGCUGGCCAAGAUGGCGGUCCCCAGCCUGGUCUUUAUCUUGCAGGCCCUUUUUUUGGGGUCGCUGUUGUUGCUCGUGUGUCUGGCGCGGUGGUGGCCUCGGGUCCGGAGUGUGUGCGUCGUGGUGCUUGGGGAUGUGGGCCGCAGCCCCCGGAUGCAGUACCAUGCGCUGUCCCUGGCCCGGCGCGGCUUCUAUGUGACCCUGCUGGGAUACCGCGGCUCCAAACCUCAUGAUGAACUCUUGAGCAAUAAGGCAAUUCGUAUCUUGUACAUGCCUGAAGUUAAGCAAAUCCCAGUUGGUCCACAGGUGUUUCGUUACGGUAUAAAAGUUGUCAUCCAGGCAAUACACCUUCUGUAUGUCUUGCUUUUAAAGACUUCUCCAGUGGUUUACAUUUUACUCCAGAAUCCACCUGGCCUGCCCAGCAUUGCUGUGUGCUGGGUUGUGUGUUGUCUACGUGGGAGCAAGCUGGUCAUUGACUGGCAUAACUAUGGCUAUACCAUCAUGGGUCUGACACAUGGGUUUUCCCACCCUCUUGUACAGCUAGCUAAAUGGUAUGAAAAGGUCUGUGGCCGCCUAUCGGAUCUGAACUUGUGUGUGACCAAUGCAAUGAGAGAAGAUUUGGCAAAGAACUGGAAUAUAAGAGCUGUGACAGUCUAUGACAAGCCAGCAUCAUUUUUUACAAAUACUCCACUGGAGACACAACAUCAGCUGUUCAUGAAACUGGGCCACACCUACUCCCCAUUCAGAGCAAGCACAGAACCCAUGGACCCAGCCUUUGAGAGAUCUGCUUUCACUGAGUUCAAUCCUAGGAGCAAGAAGGUGAUACAACUUGAUGGGAGACCAGCUUUGCUGGUCAGCAGCACGAGCUGGACAGAAGAUGAGGAUUUCUCCAUCUUGCUGAGAGCUUUAGAAAGGUAUGAACAGUGGAUCAUUGAUGGAGCAAACCUCCCUUCUCUCGUUUGUGUGAUAACAGGUAAAGGACCUCUUAAACAGCAUUACAGCCAGAUCAUCAGGCAGAUGUGCCUCAAACACAUUCAGAUCUGCACACCGUGGUUGGAAGCUGAAGAUUACCCUUUGCUUCUUGGAUCAGCAGAUCUUGGUGUCUGCCUCCACAAAUCCUCCAGUGGCUUGGAUCUUCCCAUGAAGGUGGUGGAUAUGUUUGGAUGCUGCUUACCAGUUUGUGCAGUACAUUUCCGGUGUUUACAUGAACUUGUGAAGCAUGAAGAAAAUGGCAUGGUCUUUGUGGGCUCUGAGGAGCUUGCGGCUCAGCUGAAGAUGCUCUUCUCAGAAUUCUCCAGUCCUGAUAAUAGAUUGAACCAGUUCAGAAAAAACCUUGAGGAAUCAAAGCAGCUACGCUGGGAGGAGAGUUGGGAACAGACUGUGUUCCCAUUGUUUACUCAAACUUGAGGGGUUUCACUAAAGACUUGAAUUCAGGGGCAGCUAGGUGGUGCAGCGGAUAAAGCACCGGCCCUGGAUUCAGGAG